CACAGUGCGCAUGCGUUACAGAAAACUCCAUUAUUAUUUUUUUAAGAUGGGAAUCUAAAAUAAAAAGGCAACUGUGAAUUUAGGAUUACCUGACUCGUAAUGGUUUUGGGAAUACAUUGUUGGAACGCAAGACGACGACAAUAGAGGACCAGAGAGGAAAGCAACGACGUGGCUAAGUGUAAAGCGGUAGCGGGACAUCCUCCACUCCUGUCGGGACACUUCAAACAAAUCAAGUAAAUUCACUGAGCUAGCUCUGCUAUGUUAGCCGCUACGCUCUGCUAGCAUUGUAGCCCCUUUACCCCCAAAAGGGCGCCGUCAAAUUGAAGCCUUAUUGCCCCCUUUGUUUAUACAUUCAACUUGCACACGUUGUUCACACGUUGGCAGUUCACCGCAUUAAUACGCCAGCAAUUCGGGGGGAGAGUGCUUCUUCAUAUUUGUGUGAACCGUCAAAAAGCAUCCAUUUGGUAGCUCAAGCUAACGUGAUUCUCCCGCGAGCCAAGCGAAAGGCGAAGACUUCAAAAACUUCGCCAGCACAAGACGCGCCUGACGCCGUGAAAGGCGCACCAUCAUCAUUUCAGCUAAGCUUCUCGGAUGUGAACUGAAGACAACACAUCUGCAGGAUUGCCAGGGACACUUUUGGACAUUAAGUUUCAGUGGGGCGCUUCUAACCCACCACCAGCAUGUUCAUCAGACAGUUGAUACCCUAGCCAAACUUGAACCUGGCUCCUCAAAGAUGACAAGCUACUGGAAGGCUGCAGCGACAAAAUGAUGGGAGGCAGUGACACAGGCAGUGGGGACAAGGAUGGGGUGGUCACCACUGCAAUCCACAUCCCCAUUGGCUGGCAGAGGAGAGCGGAUGGCGGCCGGGUGGUCUACGUCAGUCCCAGUGGCACUUCCCUAUCCUCCCUGGAUGAGGUGAAGACCUAUCUGUUGACUGAUGGAACCUGUAAAUGUGGUCUAGAGUGUCCACUUGUCAUCCACAAGGUUUUCAACUUCUCCGUGGGAGUGAGAGUGGAGCAGCACAAGCAGCCUUUAGGCAGAGCAGAGCAGGACAUGACCAAACUGUGCAACCAUCGCAGGAAAGUGGUGGCAAUGGCCGCCCUGUGUCGCAGUAUGCAGGCGUCACAGCUGCCCUUUGCCCACCUUCAACAGCCAGAGGUGAGCAGUGGAAUGGACAGUUGCAAUCCAAAGAGGGCUCUUGGUGAGCGUGACGCAGAGGACCGAGGCCCUUACCAUCCCAAAUUCCGUCCAGCUCCUGCUCGACCGCAGACUAGCGCCCACCCGAACACCUGCACCAGCCCCACUUCCUCCCACCAUUUUAUUUAUCCAUACAAUGGUUCCUCACCAGGUCCCCACACAGGCAAAAACUCCCCCCAUUCCCUGGAUGCUUUGCGAAGGCUUCACCAUCAUCCUCUCCCUCUAACCGUGCCGUCCGCCUCUUCCUCUUCAACCCGCCCCUUACUCCCCGCUGCCCAAAGGUCACCCCGCACUCCCACCCCUCAAGGUCAAAGAACGCCCAAAACCACCGAGAACCCUGCUUCCCCGCGGCUAAGGCCCCUAUCUUCACCUCCUUCAUCCUCCCCUAAUAGCUUUGUAGUAGGAGGAAGAGUAGCACAGAGUCAUGGUCAGCAUCCACAUGGGGUCACAAGCGGAGGCUCUCCUCUCUCCCCAUCGCCCAUACUCUCUCCCUCGGUCCAUAACAUGAAUUGUGUGUCCCCACAUAAGUGGUCCCACCACCCUUCAGCCUCUUCCUCCCCUGUCUCUGAGCAGGGUGGAUGUUCUAGUGCAGCAGCAGAAGGACUGAUUGGAAGUAAUUUACCACAAAGGAGGAAGUCCUGCUCCUCCUCUCCUAACUCCCCUCUCCUGUCCCGGUCCCCAAAUCCCAACCCCAACCUCUCCAAGUUCAAGCUGGAGGACAUCUUGGAACAGUUUAAGAACUCUGGCAACAAUAGCACUAAUAACCACCACCUCUCUCUAAACCCCAACCUACUGACCAACCAAAGCAGUAACAGCCCUCAUGCCCCCUCUCUGAAGCCCUCAAAGAGUACAGCAAGUCCUAGCACAGGACCACUAGGUUUUGGCUUGAACUCGGCAGGGCUGCCUGUGGGGCCAUUUGUGAACCACCAUAGCCAUCAGGGCAAGCUGCUGCCGCCGACAACUUCCUUUCCUGCAAGUAGUCUUCUUUCUGCAGCUGCGAAGGCUCAGCUCACCAGCCAGGUGACCCUGAGCCAAGGUCAAACGAGCUUACCCUCAUCCCUGGAAUUCUUGACAGAAGCGCAGCAAAAACAGUCCACACAUGUAACAAACGGCACUUUACAGAACAGCCAUCUUCCCUCCUCGACUGCUGCCACGAGGCCUCACUAUCCUUCCCUAGCAGCAGCCUCUUCAGUCCUCUUCCCUUCGUCUCACUCCCUGGCUCAGUCCCUGGCUUCUACCUUGCCCCACCUGCCUCCCAAAGUAGAGCGUAAUGCAUCGCACAGGAAGAGGCAGCGGCGAUCUCCUACUGUACUCAGCAUGAUCAGAGACACCCAGAAGCUGGCCAGUAGGCCACCACGGAAGACCCCGCCAGGCGACUGCGUCCCGGCUACUGCUAUGAACCUGUCAUCUUCGGCUUUCCCACACUCUUCCUCUACCUCAGAUAGUGUCGCAUCCGAGCACCAUCAUCCAACAUCCAAGCUGCCGACUCCCAGACAGACGUCGCAUCUUUCCCCACCUCCUCCACAAGGACAGGCUGUGGAAGUCACUACAGGCCUGGUGCCUACCAACCUUGCUUUGGCUCCUCCAACUCAGCCCCUUUCUGCUUUCUUACACCUGCUUAGUGUACAGAACGCUCACGCCUCUGCUUCUAAUCCUGUCGAGGGGGGUGAACACACUAAGAUGCAGAGACUCUCACCCUCUUCUCUUACCCCUCAUUUCAGUCUCAACAACCCGCAGCCUCCGUCGCCAUGCAGAACCAACAACACUAACACAACACUAUUGGCUCAAAAGGCGCUUUCUCCUCCUCGCACCUCCACUCAUUUCAGAUCAGUGCAUUCACAUUCUGAGUCUGUGAAAUCUAGUUCUCUACAAAGACAUUCUCCUACGUCCUCUGUACUGUCGCCGUCAAAUUUAGCUUUACAUAACAGCAGCCCAUCUAGGCGUAUGACCCCAUUAGACAGGCAUCAACCAACUGAGAAUCACAUUCCCACACUUGACUCACGGGUGCUUUCGCAGGAAGCAAUGGCAACUGAGAUGAUGAUCAAUAACGGCACGUCCACAGCAGACCUGAGUCCCUCGCAAGGCAGCGGCAUUUCUGUGGUGCCGCCCACCUCGCCAAAGCCUCUUGAUCUUAGCAACCAUGUUCUGGCCCUUCUUGCAGCAUCCUCCACUGUGCGCCAGGAGGACAGCAGCUCUUCUGACCAUAUUACAGAUGUAGUGAUGUCUUCACAAGAAAAUCACCUUGCAGGUUCGGAGGAGACUGGAUUUGUGGACUCCAAGACCCUCCCAUCAGCAAAACCUUUGGCCUCCACCAGCCCAGAGGCUGUUGUCUCCUCUCAGCUCGGGGAAGACAAUCCUCAAACCCCUUCGGCUCUGAGCGACCCAACUGCCGCUUUACCUCUGGCAGAGGCCUUCCCCUUCAUGAACCAAGAUCAACUGCUCCAGCUGCUGUCUUCCACAGGAGGCCUGCCUUCCAUCCUGGAUCCUGCAGUCCUGUCUUCGUUACACCUUGAAGGGUUGUGGUUGGGUGGACAAAAUGCACAGAUACCUCCUUCUGCUGCUGCAGUGCAGACUCUCUCAGAGCAGCAGCCAUUAUUGUUACAAGCAGAGACACAGCAGCACAGCCAGGAUCAGCAGCAGCAGAAGCAGCAGCAGCAGCAGAUGAACGGCAAUCCUCUCUUUCCUUUGUUGCCCUUGUUAAGUGGCGUGCAAGGGGACUUACCUCUGAAUCUAUUGGGCCUUCUGAACCCAAUCCCAUCUCCAGUCUCAACCACAGGACAGGAAGCUGAUUUGGGUCUAACAGAGAAACCAAGCCUUCAGGGUCUGCUCAUGGCCUCCUUGCUGCUCGGGCAACAGCAGGCGCCUUUGUUACCUCUCUCUGGACUCAGUCAGCUGGGUCAGGUCAGCUUGGAAGUUCCUCUCCAGAACCCGCCGCAGAUUCCUGCCACUUUGGAGGGUCUCACGCUAGACAAGACCUCUGGUCUUUUGGAUCCAACAGCUCUGCAUGGAGCGGGGCUUUUGGAGGUCACCCAGGGCCUUCCCCUCCCUCCUGGAUCAGAGGGAUCUAUUCAAGCGCUGCAGUCUCUGCUCCUUCCUGCUGCUCUUCCUCCUCACCCAACUACCUUCCUGCCUCUUAGCCCCGCCCUCCUUGCAGCUGCUCUGAAUGCAGCUGACCUACCCCAUACCCAUUUAGGUCCUGCACAGCAAACCCAAAAUACCCAACCUCAGGAACUGUCUGAUGCUGGUGUGGAUACCCUCAUCCCCCUUUCUCUCCAGGGCAAGGACAACCCCAUCCUACAGCAAUUACUUCCCACUUUGCUCAACCCUGCUGUAUUAGGAGACAUUUCCUCCAUCACAGGGCUCCAUAACAUGGUGGGCAUCGGGGCCGGUUCCAUCCUGCUGCCCCCGGUCCAGACCUCAUCUUUGGGCAUGCCACUUCUUCAAAGCCCUGAUGGAACCAUCAACUUGCUCAACAACAUACAACUGAACCUUGCACCCUCCUCUGAAGAAGAGAAGUCCGACCCGUUGCAGGUAGCACACAGCCCCACCCCACAUGAAGACAUUCCAGCCACGAAGAUCUCUCCUGAAGAGGUUGCCAGUCCUGCUCGGACGCCAACCCAAGAACCUAGCCAACCCUCACGGCGAGGAUCCGACAGUAGGGCCAUUAUCGACCCCUACACCUCUUUUAUGGACACAAUUUACAAUUCCUUCUUACAAAUUAAUGCGAAAGAGCAGGAAGAAGGGGUCCACUCUGGGCCAUCUGACCCGACGUCACCUUUCUGUGCCUUACCGCCCGUCUCCUUCCCCAUGGAGCACCACACACUCUCCAACCCAGCACCCACUCAGCACCAGGCAAGUGCCCCUGUGUCCCUCAGCCCUCGGCGGGCCUGCUCCCUGCGAAACCCUGACUUGUCCCGGCUCAGUUUAGAAGCAGCGGCCCACUCUCCAGCCCAGGGUACGCCCAAACCCACCGACGAUGGGUCCAUAUCACCUUUGCAAAGAAAACCAGUCAUGGUGGAGGGACAUACACACCCGGAGCCACCUUUGCCAUCCAUAUACCUGGAGGAGGCAAAGACGGACUGCACCGGGCCUGCUGCUGCAGUGUGCCCCUAUGCUGAGGCAGGCGUGGAGAGGCAGGUGGGUUAUCGGAGUCCCAGGGAUGGUUGCAGUGGGAGGCCUGCCGAGGACUGUCCUGGUUUGCUGCACAGUGAGCAGGGAAGGGAACAAUCAGGAGCAGUGUCUGGAGCCCGACGAGGGAGAAAAAGGAAACAAACGCUACAGAAUGUGUUGGAAGACUUCAGAGACGUGGAUGCUACCACAGCACUAGAGGAGACAAAGGCAACGACGGCCCUGUUGAAGCCCGACACGUCAGUCCGUGGCAGGCGGAGGCGAGGGGCAAGGUCUCAGAGGCAGUGAUGGGUGGAAGGAUCUGUCCGUCUCAGUCAAUCACAGGCACCACUUCCAUCCCUAUUGUCACCAUCGUCUUUAAACCUUUUUUUUAAUCCUCAAACUCAGCUGCACUAAUGAAUUAUGCUGUUGUCAUGUGAUCUGUUACUAUGGCAACCAGCGUGAAAUAAAGCAUAGGAAAAGAGGUCUAGUCUGGGUGGGGGGUGAAAUCAUAGAGGAAAAAAAGUGGAUAUUUUCUCACUCUUCUAGGUCUAGUUAAUGAAAUAAUGGUUGUUUGGUGAGAUCAGAGGUCUCUCCAAUAUGUUAGCAUCAUAUCAUUUUUACACGUAAACACAGAAAAAAUAAGAAUACUCUUCUCAUCGAUGUUACUGUGAGUCAGGAUGAAGCCCAUCUACUUGAACCAUACUCUGUCGAAAGUGUGUGUGCGUGUGUCAUUUUUUAUAAUGUUGAUUGUGUAGGACACCUGUGCUAUUGCUGAGCCCCCUCACUGUCAAAACAUGCUUUUGUUAGAUUCAUCAAUAAAUGUAAUGGCUGCUGUAAAUGCUCUAAUUAUAGCCAGGGUGGUUAUUUACCUAAAUCACAAAAGAGGAUGGGGUGUUGGAAUCAGGCUGCAAUUAGAGAGAGAUUUGCAAACUCAUUGCCUAAAACAAGUUGUUUUUUUCCCUUCAAUCAUUUGGAGUGCAUGAAAAAGCGGAAAGGAAAAAUUGGCUCUUUGACCACAUGGUUGUGUAUUGCACAACACAGCAGCAACAGAACCAAUGCUACAAACUGCUCAGCCAGCAUUAAUACUGCUAAUGAGUUUACUGUAAAUAACAGUGCAGCAAGUGUAACACCAACAGCUGAUCAGUGCAACCAACAUUUUAAAGUGAAUACAGAGAUAAACCACUCCUGAUACUUAAAUAUAGUCACUGCCAUCUUGUGGGGUUAAUGGAAAAAAAAAAAAAAAAACAUCAGGAGGUUGCCUUCAGCCAUAGCUGUUAAUGCCAAUGUUUUGGUGGUUAUUUGCUUUUUUAGACCAUGCAGCCAGCGACAUUGGGGCACUGAAAUUAAGUGGAGGAAUGGAGGCACUAAUUAGAGCAUUUACAGUUGAUCCUCUUUUUCUAACAAUGGACACACUCCUAAUGUUUUCAGAUGGUGCUGAAACAACAUUAGAUGUAUCUGUUUGUAGAUUUUUUUAUUCUAUUCCGUCACUUUAGAGCCAUGUAAUCGUAUUUUUAACUCCGUUAAUGAGGCACUACACCCCUUGAUUGGUUGAACAAACAGUAGGAAGUCUUUAAAAGCCGAGUGCCACGAUGUCUUAUGUGGAUUUGUUUUUGACUAAAAGCUGUACAUUUUUGGAAUAAUAUCCUUUCCGUUUGUCGCCUCACUCACACUACCCUUCCCUGAGCUGACCUGAAAAAUACUGGCUGUAUUUAACAAAAAAAAAACUAUAUACAAAAAAAUUAAUAAAAUAAAAGCGAAAAAGAAAGCAAAUUAUGCAAUUUCUAUACACUUGGAAAUGUGUACAUAUGUACAGUUAAUGUGUUUUAUUUUGAUUUUAUAUGGUUUAGAAGAAAGAGAUGAGCAAACAAUUGUGAAUUUUUCCACCCUGGGAAUAUUUUUCUCAUUCUACAACCCCCCCACCACCCUUCUCUUUUGUUUUUAAUGUUUAUGUUUAAAAAGAGACAAAUUGUGGAAAGUAGCUUUCUUUUUUAUAUGGGAGUCUUUUUUUAUUUAAUAUUAAACUAUUUACAGAAAAUCGUAUACUGUGUUGUUGUAAUCCUAUAACAUUGAGAGUAAAUCUACACACUAAUUGCUAUAUUGGCAUUAGUUUGUCAAAUUUAAACAAACAACAAAAUCAAGUACAACAGAAAUGGUUUAUAAAAAUAAUAAUAAUAAUAAUAAUAAUGGAAUUGUGUGCAAAGAAAUCCAGAGGAUGUCCAGGAUGUAUUGUGGUUGUCUGUUUACUAAUUUUUCAAAUUCUUGUAAAUUUGUUUUUAUUCACUAGAAUUAUUUAAGAAUACACUGACUACAUUUUUUGCAGGUGCAACCAAUGUUGUGGCGGUGAGUAAAGCUUUCACACAUUUUUAUGAAUUCUUUAUACCGUAUUUUAUUUUGAUUUGCACCUGAUGUGGCCUGUGAGUAAAGCUUUUAAACAUAUUAAACUGUUAAGUGUAGGUGGACGUAGUGGUGCGACUGGGAAGUAAAGCUUUUUAGCACUUUAUUAAUUAGUUAAACUAUGUUCAUUUUAUGUGUCAAUGGCUGGUGAGUAAAAUGUGAACAUUUUAUUUAAUAAUUAAAAUUUUAAUUUUAGGUGUAGCCAAUGGUGGGGCCUGUGAGUACAUAUUUUAU